UCGGCUAAACUUGAAAAACUUCUCAGUCUUUUCCAAAUCUUCCGCGAGCGCAUAGAACUGAAACAAAAUUUUGGAUCGUAGUGGUUUCGGCCCUGUCCUUUGUGGAUAUCUUUCUAGUGAAAGAAUUUAUCAAGUGAUAUCUAAGUAUUAUUUUUGUAAACAAAAUGCCGGAAGAAACCGUUCAGGAAAAGAAGCGUGAAUUCAAAUGGGUGACUGUGCUCUGGUACAUUCAUCUUCAUGUGCUUGGCAUGUAUGGUCUCUUCCUUCUUCUCACAGAAGCUAAGUGGCUAACAGUGAUAUUUGCUCUCUUUAUAAUGGGCCUCAGUUGUCUGGGUAUAACUGCCGGUGCUCACAGACUUUGGGCCCAUGAAGCAUAUGUUGCUUCAGGACCUUUAAAACUUUUCUUAAUGUUGGCUCACACACUCGCUGGUGUGGGUACCAUUUAUGACUGGGUGAUGUUACAUAGGAUUCAUCAUAAUUUCUAUGGGACAGAAAAAGAUCCUUACAAUCACAAUAAAGGAUUUCUCUAUAGUCAUAUAUUCACUAAUUUAAUGAACGAUAUUCCUGAUCGAGAAAAAAUCCAGAAGGAUAUUGAUAUGCGAGUAAUUGAGGUCGACGGAUACGUUUGGAUUCAGAAAAGCUUUUACUGGAUCUUGUUUCCAAUUCUUGGUUUGUUAUUGCCAGUCAAUGCGCCAGCUGAAUACUGGGGAGAAUCAAUAAUGAAUUCAGUCUUCAUCCUCGGAUUUCUACGUUUAGUAGUAGCCUGUCAAUUGUCCUGGAUGGUGAACAGUGCAAUGCUGAUUUGGGGACUCAAGCCAGGAGACAAAUUUCCGGUUGAUGACAACUCUAUAUUCUUAUUGAACAAAUCCUACUGGCCCAAUUAUCAUUAUCUUCUGCCUUGGGACUGGAAAACAGGCGAAUAUGGAGGCUACGAUAGAGGAUUCGCAACAUUUUUUAUUAACACGUGGCGAUCGAUGGGCCUUGUGUCAUCAGCAAAAACAAUUACAUCUGAAGCAAUUCGCGAUGUCUUAGGUCUUGCAGCUGAGAAGAAAGCUUCUCCAUCUGAAUAUUGGGAUGAACUGAAGAAGAUUUCAGAGGAAGAAGCAAAAAAAGCAGAAUUAAGAUACCAUCAUUAGAAUCUAAUCACUCUGAAAAUAUAAUAACAACCAGGAGAUUAGAGUGCGGCUUUAUUUUGUGUUAGGAGUAUAAUGUGUAGAGUGUAAGCAAUAAUUAAAACUCAAGACUUUGGCUUUUGUUAAUUAUUUAACACACAACGAUUUUCAUCAAUAAAUAUUAUUUACUUCUUUGUUUAUAAAUAUUUAA